CACCUCUCUAUGAUUAUCUCUCCAAAAUGCAUUUUCUUGUAUCAAAAUACAUCCAUUUACUUCUAUUUUCAUCCCUACUACUUCUUUCUCAAGAUCCCAUCUCAGCCGAAGAUCCGACCUUCGUAGUCUGUCCACCGGAAACUUCAAAUUACACUUUGGGGAGCCAAUUUGAAACCAAUCUCAACCGUCUACUCCCUUUGUUAUCCCCAGAUGGGCCCAUCAAUCUCAAUGGCUACUACAAUGAAACCUAUGGCGAAUACCCCAACAUCAUCUACGGCUACUCUCAGUGCAUGUCUGGUGCAACUGAAGAAGAUUGCAAAGAAUGCCUCAAAAAUUCAACAAAAGAGAUCAUCAGGCGGUGUUCCAACAGAAUGGAAGCUGUCAUCCGAUACUACAGGUGCAUCUUACGUUACUCCAACCGUCCAUUCUUCUCCGUAGAGGACACUACCAUUAGGAUAGAGCUUAUCUUACUUCAGGAUACCUCAACCUCAACCAUGUUUAAUCUGAAAUUAGGAGGUCUGAUGAUGCGUCUGGCAUCUGAGGCCGAUUCAAAGCCGUCCAAAUUCGCGACUGGGAACAUCCCUAUGAAUGACUUCGAGACCAUAAAUGGUCUGGCCCAGUGCACUAGAGACUUAUCGGCUGGUGAUUGUAGGGCAUGUUUGGAAGGGAUGAUCAGCAGGAUUCCGGAAUGUUGUGGGAACAAAAAGGGAGGAAAUGUUUAUUGUGUGAGUUGUAACAUAAGGUAUGAUCCAUACCUUUUCUUUGAUAAUUCGCCACCGCUGCCUCUUCCGCCACAGACGUCUCCGCCACUGCCAAUUGCAGUUCCUCCACCUCCUUCGCAGCCUGCGGGCAAAACGGAUGGGAACAAAUCAAGGGUUAUAAUCAUCAUCGUUGUUACUUCAGUUUUGGGACUGGCUCUCUCUAGUUCUUGCAUUUGCUACUACUUAUGGCGAAGAAAGAUACCAUACAAAGAGAAAGGAGAACGCCAAGAAUUAGAACAUUACUUGGGUAUUCCAGAUGGUUCAGCCAUGGAUGAUGAUCAAGUUUCAGAAUUGCCAAUCAUUAACUUAGCUACAAUACAAGCUGCUACAGACAACUUCUCCGAUGAAAAUAAGCUCGGAGAAGGUGGAUUUGGACCUGUAUAUAAGGGAAAGCUAUCUGAUGGGAAGGAAAUAGCAGUUAAAAGGCUAUCAAGGAGCUCAAGGCAAGGUCUGGAAGAAUUCAAGAAUGAAGUCACAUUGAUUGCCAAACUUCAACACAGGAACCUUGUGAGGCUCUUGUAUUGCUGCAUGGACAGAGGAGAGAAAUUGCUCAUUUAUGAAUACAUGCCAAAUACCAGCCUUGAUGUCUUCCUCUUUGAUUCAAUCAAGAGUGCUCAAUUAGGUUGGGAAACACGUCGUAACAUAGUAAGUGGAAUUGCAAAGGGCAUUGUUUAUCUCCAUGAAGACUCAAGACUCAGAAUCAUCCACAGGGAUUUAAAAGCUAGCAAUGUUUUGUUAGACCAUGAGAUGAACCCGAAGAUUUCUGACUUUGGCAUGGCUCGAUUUUUGGGUGGGAAUCAAAGUCAGGUCAAUACCAAUAGACCCGUCGGAACAUAUGGCUACAUGGCACCGGAGUAUGGAAUGGGAGGGCUAGUCUCUGUGAAAUCUGAUGUCUACAGCUUUGGAGUUCUACUGUUGGAGAUCAUAAGCGGAAAAAGGAACAACAGUCAGCAUCUCCCCAAUGGCGCUCAAAGCCUCCUAAUUUGUGCAUGGGGAUUGUGGUGUGAUGGACGAGCGAUGGAAUUGAUUGAUCCUUUGUUAGCGGAGUCAUGUCCCACCAAUGAGGUGUUCAAAUGGAUCCACAUUGGGUUGUUAUGUGUUCAACAAGAUGCAGCAGAUAGGCCCACCAUGUCUUCCGUCAUUCUUAUGCUCGGAAGUGAAUCUAUGAAACUUCCCCAACCUACACAGCCAGGAUUUUUCUUUCCAAGGGCUGUUGUUGAAUCGGAUAAAUCUUCUGCGAAUGCUAAAAUCUAUUCUAAGAAUGGUGUAACUAUAUCUACUCUCGAACCCAGGUGAGUGGGCACAGCCCAAGGGUUAGCCUCAUGUAUUGAUGGGUCGGAUCCAAAUUACCAUGGUUCAACCUUAGCUUUUGAAAAUAAAAAUUUAUCCA